CGAGUUCAUGCACCUUCAAGCUCCAUGCGGGAAGGCUACUACGGAGGAUCUAAGAAUGCGUCGAAUCAGGGAGGAAGUUUACUCUACCGAUCGGAUUAACGCCGUGUGCGAGCAGCUCGCAGGAUUCAUUAUGAGGGAGAUCCUGGAUCCUAGAGGCGAGUUCUACCACGACAAUCACAUUCGUAGGCAACCAUCCGCAUCGACGUCGCAAUUUAGUUAUGUCAACUACAAGCCCCCUUACAAAUACACUACUCAGCUUGGAGUCAUCCUCAAGAGAGAAUACCUAGGAUUGGUUGAGGACAAGGAUGAAGAUGGUACUGUUAUAGGGGAUCCACGUCUAGCUUUGGAUUGGGGUGAUUAUUUUCUAAGCACCCCUGAUGAGUUGGGAGUGACAAGUGGAGAUCGUGUGCUUUCUGAAUUUUGGCGCUUGUUUGAGGUUGCAGAAGAUAAACAACAAGAGGCUGAUCGUGUUCUAGAAAUCUAUUUGAAGAAAAGGGUGAGCGACGUGAUGUAUCAAGCACGUGUGGAUUCUGUAAAGGUGUACUAUGCGAAACGAGAUCAGAUACUCGAUGAUACACUAGCCCGCCCAAUAGAGCUUGAGUAUGGACAAUACUUGGAUGGCUGGCUCAAGUGGUGCGAUGAUGAGGUGUGGCCUAAACUCUACCGUUAUUGGUGCUUAGAAGAAUUCAAAAGAAAACGAAAGAGAGGGCAGGCAUGUCGCUUGAGUUGUGAAGAUUCUGCUCAAAAUCGUGGAGGCUCAAGACCGUUUACAGAGACACAACAAGUUCUGAAAGCUAGGUUUGGACCAGAGAAGGCAACCCCUCUUAAUGUAUAUGUUGUGAUGAAAUUUGGCAUAAAUGGUGUUGAUAGCAACGGUAGUAUUGGUCCAAUCAGGAGCCGCAAAGUGCAAAAACGUGUGGAUGACUACAUUGCAGGUGUUAGGAGCAUUGCACGGACAGAAGAUGAGGAUGAAAAUCAUGAGGGCAUGGGAGUGGAAGAUGAAGAGCUAGGGGAAGAGCAGCAGCCGCGGCGGCUGGAGCCGGAGCAGCAGCCACAUUUGAAUGGGAAGGUGUUGUAUGAUAUGUCUGGUAGCACACCACAUGGGCAUUUUCCUAUAGGAAAUGGUGCUGUAAUAAAUUGGGAAACUAUAUGCACAUAUAGUUACUAUAGAAACUAAUUGUAACUUUGUGGUAUUCAGAAUGGCAACACACAGCUGCAGCUGUGAGGAAGUGGCCUCUUGUUGAUUCUAGCAUAUCAUCUGGACUUAACUUGCAUUAGUUCAGAUAUCAUGGUAAGGUAGAUAGACCUCAUGGCUUUAAUCAUGACUAGUUAGUAGUCUGUGCUAGGCUCCAGAGGUAAGUCAAAGAAAAAAGAGCAGAUAGUUGCAUAUCUGAAUUUCAUCAAGUGUAGGUACAUAAUAGUUUUAUUUGCAUUUUUAUUAUCUCUUUUCACAUAGCAUUUUCUGUCAAGAAUUGCAGUACAUUAUAUUUGCCAAAGACAAUCAGACUAUCUUAUUAUUCUCUUACAUUCUUCAUAAAAUUCUUGAAUACUUACCUAAUAGUAUCUGCUUAUCUAAGUCUCAUUCACAAGCAGGCAACUGGUUCCUCGCAUGUUGGUUCGGAGUCCGCUAACAUCAUGGAUGUUAAUGACCACAAUGGUGAGGACCUCGGCGGCACAAAUAUUGUUAACAUUCAUGGCAGCAACCAACAUAGUGAAAACAAUGCCUUGUGUGAUGAUGCAGCUUGAUAAGAGUAGAAGCAAUGCAUUGUCUGACGGUUCAGCUUCAUCUUUUGAAAAUAGAAUGACAGCUCAUAGUUCAUCUUUUGCAGUGUUGCACCUGUAUAUGCAUGCAAGCACUUUGGUAGACUAGUAGUAUGAUUCUAGAUAGUACUAUGCUAGAAGUUUAUGGGUUUGGUGGGCUGCUUAUUUUGCUAAUGUGUAUUGAUUGAUGCCAACACUUGGACACGAUGUUAUGAUAUCUAUGC